UACAUAGCUAGCUAUCUGCCCUUUGUUAGCCAAAACACCAAAAAAAGGGCCAAACGAUGACCGAGCCGCCUUGCGUUUGACGUCACGUUCACCCUUCGCUCACUAGGUCAUUUGUUCUCUAAAGCCCCAACCCACUCAUCUCUCUCCGAUACAUGAUAACAUCCUUCCAACCUUCACUCGCAAUCAUGCCUCCAGACGAUGAAUCCAGAACAACAGGGGCGAGUGACAGAGCGAAACCCCAUCCCACGUCCACACACCGUCUCUCCUCGAGCCAUAUACCUGAUCGAUUAAGAAUGGGCGACGAUGAACAGGAGGAUAUGACCGCUCCACCGGGGGGCACGACGGGCCGUGGGGGGAGGUUCCAAUACAUGCACCAGUCCGUGUUCUCCAUGAUUGCCGCUGCAAGUUCCAAAAAGGAUUUCCACAACCGCUUCGAUGAGUCUAGCGAUGCAGAAGAUGAAGAUGCGCAUGCGGAUGCGGAUCGGGCGUUCAAAACCCGAUUUCUAUCAAACGAUGGGAUCGAUGGUCGUCGUCGUGAUGGUAGUGCUUCAACUAGCCGUCUUCCACAUCUUGCCAAGCGGGACAAGACAUCCAUAUCUAGCACCGCGGAGGAGCGUGGGCGAUCACAGCAUCGGAAGAAGCUUUCGGAACAUAAAUUUUUGAAGUCCCUUGCGAAACUACCGCAUAGAAAUAAUAGAGGAACGGAGCCAGCUUCUGAACCGGAACCGGAACUUGAAGAAGCUUCCGUGACUGGUGGGCUUUCAUCGGCAAACCCUGUGCUGCUGGUGGCUGCUACGGAAGCUCCAGUGCUGAGUCGGAUGCUUGACGCACAAUCUCGCUUUGGUGAAUCAGAACCGCCACCCAACUCAACAGAGCGUUCCCGAGAAGAUCAACACCAACGAAAAGAAUCCUCGCCUGCGUCUCUUCUAUCCGCGCGCCUCAUGGAUAUAUUCAGAUUUGAUAGACCAGAGAAGGUUAUAUCAGAGUAUCAAUGCUGGCUCCUCCAGAGUGUACUGCUACAAGGGUACAUGUAUAUCACUGAAAGGCACAUAAGCUUCUACGCCUACCUUCCGAAAAAGUCUCAUACAACCAUUAAAUCAGGUUACCUGUCAAAACGAGGACGCCAGAACCCAAAGUACAACCGGUACUAUUUUGAACUCAAAGGGGAUGUAUUAUCCUACUAUCUCGAUCGUUCGAACCUGUAUUUUCCAAGUGGUCAUGUCGAUCUUCGAUACGGGAUAUCAGCCAAUCUUACGGAGCAGAAGGGCAAGGACAAAGACAAAGAAGUGAAGGAUUUCACGGUAACGACAAACACUAGGACAUACCAGUUUAGGGCUGAUAGUGCGACAAGCGCGAGGGAAUGGGUGAAGGCCUUACAGAAGGUUAUCUUCAGGUCCCAUAACGACGGCGACAGCGUCAAGAUCUCCCUACCAAUUGAGAAUGUUAUAGACAUAGAGGAGAAUCCUGUCAUUGAUUUCGCGGAUACGUUCAAAAUUCGUGUUGUUGAAAGUGGUGAAAGUUAUGCGAUUGACGAGUAUUUCUUUUCGUUUUUUGAAUGUGGCAAGGAGGCCAUUGAAGUUCUCAAGAAAAUGGUCAACAAUACCCCAGCACAACAAAUUCAGCAAACUAUGCUUGCGCCUGAUGGUGGCUAUACGUCUAGGCGUCGUCGUUCUCACUCGGCGGAUGAAAUUUCACCUCCAUCCACACAUGGAACAACCUUGCUUUCGGAGGCCGUGAAAGCCACCUUGCGGCCGCACUCUCCUCUUGGCAGCCGGAAUGGGAGUCCCAAGCGAGUCCCAGAUCGCCAGAGAUCCCCAUUUCAUAAGUUUAGCCGUAGUAGGCGUCAUAGCCGUGAAAGCAGCGGAGCAGGACUUGAACAUAGGAGGAGGAGCGGUAGUACCAACAGAGCAAGCGUCGGGGACAAUCAAGCCGAAACGUCGCCUGGAGGUAAACUGCUGAAUUCGUCGGAUUCAUUCGUUCAAUCGUUAGAACAUGCCACGGAUUCUUCCGCUAUUUUACAGUCAACAAACGGGACAGUAGAGUCCGCAAGUCAGAUCUUGAAUAGGAGCGAUGUUUUCCAGUCACCUACCAUUCAUAAGCUACGAGAUACACUAUCUGGAGCGGGGGAAGCCCCCCGGCGCCCUUCUGAGGAUACCGCCCGGUUUGCCCCCUCACCUACCGACGUUCUCAUACAUCCUCCUUCAAGAACACAGACGUCACAAUCGCUUACGAAACCGGAAUAUCAGGAUGGUGGCAGCGACUCUGAGCACGACCUUCAACAUAGAAGCGUCGCGCACUCUGCGUCAUCACCAACCCUUCAAGAACUUAUGAAGGUCGGUAGCUACCCAUUACAACGUGCGGCUGGGUUGGCAGGAUACCUUAAAAGCCGAUCGAAGCACAUGAGCAACCUUCUUGCAACUGAGUCGAUGGGUUACUUUGAAAAGGUGUCUGGCAUGUGGAUAGGUGGGAAGAGACACUAUGGCGAAGGCGAAACCAUUCUUCCCGAUGACAGGAUGGUCGAUCCGGAAGACGAGGAACAGGGAUGCGAACAUGGUGAUAGAUUCCGCGCGCAUUUCGCCCUACCUUCCUCGGAAAAGCUACAAGCUACAUACUUUGCGUAUCUGCAUCGGGUCAUCCCGCUUUACGGCAAGUUAUACAUCAGCAAUCGGAAAUUUUGUUUUCGAAGUCUUCUUCCCGGUACACGAACCAAGAUGAUCCUCCCGCUGAGAGAUAUAGAAAAUGUCGAAAAGGAGAAGGGCUUUCGGUUUGGAUACCAUGGGCUUGUGGUUAUUAUAAGCGGCCAUGAGGAAUUGUUCUUUGAAUUCAAUACUGCGGAUGUCCGAGAUGACUGUGCUGUCACUCUACAUCAAAAUCUCGAGUCUAUUCGAUAUCUAGUGGAGUCCGGUUUGUUGGCACAGCAGGACAGAGAGGAGGCUGAAGCUGCGAGGGCAGAGCACCAAAUGCUGCAAGAAGCAAGGCUUGAGGGCAUGGAGGAGCAGCAAAGCUCUCAGACGCUAUCUACAUCUACGCCGUUGUCUCCUACAAGCUCACCCAUUCUUUUUGACGAUCCACGUGUUUCAAUUGUCAAUUUUAAGCCGCAGGAAGCGUUGCGGAUCACCUGUCUGACCAUCGGGUCCAGAGGUGAUGUCCAGCCAUACAUUGCGCUCUGCAAGGGCCUAAUAGCGGAGGGCCACAUACCGAAAAUUGCGACUCAUAGGGAGUUUGAGCCUUGGAUAAGGAAGCAUGGCAUCGACUUCGCACCGGUUGAAGGAGAUCCCGCAGAACUUAUGCGAAUUUGUGUGGAAAAUGGAAUGUUCACCUAUUCGUUCCUGAAGGAAGCGUCGUCGAAGUUCAGAGGUUGGAUUGAUGACCUUCUCUCAUCUGCAUGGGCAAGCUGUCAAAAUAGUGAUAUCCUGAUUGAAUCCCCCAGCGCUAUGGCUGGCAUACAUAUCGCUGAAGCACUGGGAAUACCCUACUUCCGCGCGUUCACCAUGCCAUGGACUAGGACUAGAGCUUACCCUCACGCAUUUGCUGUCCCUGAGCAUAAGAUGGGUGGAGCAUACAACUAUAUUACCUACGUCAUGUUUGACAACGUGUUCUGGAAAGCCAUUGCGGGUCAAGUGAACCGCUGGCGGAAACGAGAACUGGGCCUUCGCAGCACCAAUCUUGACAAGAUGCAACCAAACAAGGUUCCUUUCUUAUACAAUUUCUCACCUUCAGUCGUCCCACCACCCCUUGAUUUCUGUGACUGGAUUCGUGUAACGGGCUACUGGUUUUUGGACGAAGGCGUCGAUUGGCAACCUCCAGCUGAACUCGAUAACUUCAUAAAACAAGCCCGGGCUGAUAAGAAGAAGAUCGUGUACAUCGGCUUUGGCUCUAUCGUCGUAUCAGACCCCGCAGCUCUCACCAAGACGGUCGUGGAUUCCGUUCUGAGGGCGGAUGUGCGAUGUAUUUUGUCCAAGGGCUGGUCUGAUAGGCUUGGAGACCCUUCUAGCGCGAAAGUUGAGAUCCCCUUACCGCCUGAGGUUCAUCAGAUUAAGUCCGCACCGCACGACUGGUUGUUCUCGCACAUUGAUGCGGCGGCACAUCACGGUGGAGCUGGCACGACAGGAGCAAGUCUGCGAGCUGGGAUACCGACGAUCAUCAAGCCGUUCUUUGGGGAUCAGUUCUUCUUCGGAUCCCGCGUGGAGGAUCUUGGGGUUGGGAUUUGUAUGAAGAGGCUUAACGUGGGCGUGUUCACAAGGGCACUUUGGGAGGCUACGCAUAGCGAGCGGAUUAUCGUUAAGGCGAGGGCGCUUGGGGAGCAGAUCCGGAAGGAGGACGGCGUAGGAAACGCUAUCCAGGCUAUAUACCGCGACCUCGAGUAUGCCAAGACUCUCGUCCGACAACGGUCCAAUGCAACAUCAGCUUCCCAGACAGGGAUUGUUCCAGUCGGGAUGGAAGAAUCUAGUGUUGGGAUAUCAUCUGAGACAGGCCUUGAUGCAGAUGGCGAUGGUGAGGGUGAUGCUGAUGCUGAUGCUGAUGCUGAUGCGGAUGCGGCCAUGGAAGACUCGUGGACUUUUGUAGGGGAUGAGGCAGGGCCGGAGCUUGCGAGGAAAUCUAGAGCCCGUGAGAGAGAUUAUGACGUUCCCGGUGAUAUAGUUGCGGCUAGAGUGACUGGCUCUAACGGCAGCGGCGGCAGUGGUUCUCACGACGGUCGAAGCGGGUAGAGAGAUAGUUCUGUUAUACAGUUCGGACGGUGUUGGCAGGCUGUUUUGGAGUUGUUUUUUGUUUCUUCUUUCUUAUUUUUCUGUUUUCUGCUGCACUUCCUCACUACUGACUAUUAUUAGCGGCCUGCCCACCACCCCUUUCUAGGUUGAAACUGCUCUUUUGCUUCAUCAUGAGGAACCGGGGGGGAAGUUUUUUUUCUUUUUUCUUUUUUUUUUUUUUUUUCAUCUUCUGCUCUUUCUUUCUUUUUUCUUUUUUCUUUUUCUUUUUCUUUCUUUUUUCUUUUCAAUGAUGAAUACCAUGAUAUGCUAUGUGUUUUGUGUUUUUGAUCUUCAAGUUUUGUUUGUUUUGGGCAUAACGAAAUGCGAAACGAUUUUUUUAUUAUUAGGGUUGCCUUCUUGUUUUCUUUCCCCCUUGAUCCUUUUUGAGGAGGGAUGAAUGAAUAUAGAGAUGGAUAGGGAGUGGCGUAUGUGGGCUCCUUUUAUUACUAUUCGUUUUCUUAUAUAAGGCCCACACUACCUGAACCAGUUAAUUAUAUACAUUACUCUACUCUGUUCUCAUACUAUGUCUCGUCUCCUUAUAAUGCUUAUGCCACAACUACAUAUUCCUUCAGGUUAUUCAUCUCUACAGACGUACUCUGCUCAGGAACGGGCGGAGUUAAAAGAAAUAGGGAGUAAACAUAGGUACCGUUUACGUAUCCAA